AUUCUUCCACAUCAGACCUAGACAUUCCUAAACGCAACCCUCGCCGCUGGUUUCUACGUAAAGUCCGUUAACCGCGGUACAUGUCAAUUAUAAAGAAUUGGCGAACGUCGGUUUAUUUGAUGAACGCGAGUAGAAUCGGUCCGAGGUGGAGGUAGGAGGACCGGCUGAAGCGAGGCGGGGCAGGAGGAGUGUAAACAUCGCCUGUGUUCUCACUGAGGUAGUCUUCCCUCGGCGUGACUGUAGAUGUGCUCGGAGCACCGGAUUAUCCAAACACAACGAUCUCACCAAAGUGCAUGACAGAACCAGAGCAGAGCGAGAAGAAAACAGUCACCCGUUCCUGAGUCCUCCAGGCCGACAGGUGAGAUCCGUUUCUGGAAACAUGCCGAAGCACGUGGAGGUAAGGAUGCAUGAAAGCCACCUGGAGCCCAUCGAGGCGAGGCCAAGCUCCAAAUGGGGAACGAUAUGUCAGAAGAUGCGCAAGAACCUGCUGCUCACGCUGACAGUGAUGGGUGUGAUUUUGGGAGCUGUUUCUGGUAUGCUGUUGCGCGUGGCUUCUCCGAUCGAUGACAACAUUGUCAUGGUAAUUGCCUUCCCUGGAGAUAUUCUAAUGAGGAUGCUGAAAAUGCUCAUCCUUCCCUUAAUCAUCUCCAGCUUAAUCACAGGUCUCUCUGGUCUGGACGCAAAGUCGAGUGGUCGUCUGGGUUCCAGAGCCAUGAUUUAUUACAUGACCACUACUAUCAUUGCUGCUGUGCUGGGGGUCAUCCUGGUCCUCCUCAUCCACCCCGGAAAUCCAAAACUCAAGGAGAAUCUGGGAGAAGGAGCCGAGAAUGAUGAGGUUUCCAGUCUUGAUGCCUUUUUUGAUCUUAUCAGAAACCUCUUCCCAGAGAACUUGGUUCAGGCUUGCUUCCAGCAGAUCCAAACCGUCGUGAAGAAGGUAGAAGUUCAGCCUGAUUUCGAAGACACCAACAGCACUGACUAUCUGUCCAAUGCCACCAAACCACCCCCGAUUUUCAAAGACAAGAAAUCUCUGCAGUUCAAGAGUGGAAUGAACGUGUUGGGUCUAAUUGGCUUCUUCAUUGCCUUUGGUAUUUGCAUGGGCAAGAUGGGAGAGAAAGCUAGGCUCAUGAUUGACUUCUUCAACAUACUCAAUGAGAUUGUGAUGAAGCUGGUUAUCAUGAUCAUGUGGUACUCACCCUUUGGCAUCGCCUGCUUGAUCUGUGGGAAGAUCAUCUCUAUCAAAGAUCUGGAGGUGGUGGCCAGGCAGCUGGGGAUGUACAUGAUCACGGUUAUUAUUGGUCUGAUCAUCCAUGGUGCCAUAUUCCUACCAUGCAUAUACUUUGCGAUUGUUCGGAAAAAUCCCUUCUCGUUCUUCAUGGGCAUCUUCCAGGCCUGGAUCACGGCUCUGGGCACAGCCUCUAGCGCUGGCACUCUGCCCGUAACAUUCCGGUGUCUUGAGGAAAACCUUGGCAUUGACAAGAGAGUUACACGUUUUGUGCUUCCUGUUGGAGCAACAAUUAACAUGGACGGAACAGCCCUUUAUGAGGCUGUGGCUGCCAUUUUUAUUGCCCAGAUGAACGGAAUUGCUUUAGAUCCUGGUCAAAUUGUCACUGUCAGUCUUACGGCAACACUCGCCAGUGUGGGGGCAGCGAGUAUCCCCAGUGCUGGACUGGUCACCAUGUUACUCAUUCUGACAGCUGUUGGACUUCCUACUCAAGAUAUCAGUCUGCUGGUGGCUGUUGACUGGCUUCUGGAUCGUUUCCGUACCUCGGUUAAUGUGGUUGGAGACUCAUAUGGGGCCGGCAUUGUCUAUCAUCUGUCCAAGGCGGAGCUGGAUGCUCUGGAUGCCCAACAUGGGAAGUCUGAUGACAUAGAGAUGAUGACCAAGACCCAGUCCUACUAUGAUGACCUCAAAAACCAUCAUGAAAACAACUCCAACCAGUGCGUCUAUGCUGCUCAAAAUUCAGUCUUAUUAGAUGAUUGCAAGGUAACCUUGGCAGCCACGAACGGCUCAACCGCGGAGUACACGCUCGUUGAGGAAGAACCUUGGAAAAACGAUUAAUGCAAGCACACAGACCCCCGGCACCCAAAAGAGAGGGAGAGAGAGAGAGGAAACAACAACCUGUAUUCAUGCACAUAGAACAAAUGGGUUUUGUAGUUUAUUUGUAUGGUUUCUAUUCUUUCUAACAUGUUUAACAAUGUUAUAUUGUCUCAUGUAACACAAGAAUGUGAGGCCAAAAGCUCACACAUGCAGCUGACAUAAUGUUAUUGAGGCAGUUACAUAAAUUAUUUGCGAUGCUAAUACACACACACACACACACACACACACAUAUACAUAUAUAUAUAUAUAUAUAUAUAUAUAUAUAUAUAUAUAUAUAUAUAUAUAUAUAUAUAUAUAUAUGCAUGUAUGAACUUUCAAACGUACAUAUUUUGAAAAGGAGUGGAAAAAUCGUUCAAAUAACAAAGCUUCUUCCCACUGCUCUUUCUUUGGCCUCACUCUGAACUACCUUGCACCACACCGUAGCACCUCUCGGUCCCAACAAAUCUUACAGCCGCUUCUCGGAAAGGCUAAUAUGGUGUUGCUAGGAUACAAAUGUAGUGACGGAAGAUGGAAGGAAAAGCACAAGUCGCGUUUAUUUGGAGAGCCUCCUCCCCUGGAGCUCACAGGAGUGGGGGUUUUCUGUCAAGGAAAUGGAUGGUAGGGUGUUUCUCGUAUGUAUGUUGGUGAAUCGGUGGCACAAUAGCACAAAAACCAUUCAUUUACCACUUCAGGUCUUACAAGAGCCCAUCAAGAUGUACUGAAAUAUGCAACGCAUGCCUUAAGUUUAGUUCACGAUAAAGCACAAAUCGUUUAUUUAUGUCGUACAACCAAAACAUACGGUGAACACACAGCUAAAGUCUUCAGUGUUACAAAUCAUCAACCUUCGAGAUUCGAAAAACAUGCCUAUUUUCGUAUGAAUUGGUGUGCGCGUGCGCUAAACCUGGACUGGCAUUAUUAACGACUCAAUUUUGAUUAUUAAUAUGUCCAGUAUGCUGAGAACGCACAACCCGUCUAAAGUAGAUUAAUGCCUUUGCCCGCAUUCAGUAUAUAUAUUCAAUUUGUAUUCUACAGUUGCUCUAAUGUUAUUCCUUCCACUGGUGAAACAUAGAGAUAUACUCAGGCAUAUAAAAAUAUACUCUUUUUUUUUUCCAGGAAAAAUUUUGUCAGGGAACACAAAAAACAUUGCUAAUGCUAAGGCCCGGUUAGCCUGCUGGAGAGAACUGUUUACCUGUUUUUAUAAUCCAAGUAUAUUUAAUUACCUAAUGACUUCAUCUUUCACUUCUGAUGACUUAGACACCGCCGAGGCUAUUGUAACUAUUUUUAAGCCUCGAAAAAUCACAUCUAAGCGAACUACGAAGCCAAGUAGUAUUACAACGGAUGAGUUAAAUGGUCAUAAAGAGGAGGAAAACUGAGCUGAGCCAAAACGCUACCUCUGGAUGUACAAUCCUCUUAUACAUCUCUGACAGCAUCUGUCCCUCAUAUUGUAAACGACUGUUCCUUAGCCCCGUAAUGCUGCAAAACACUCAUAGGCCCAUCGCUUUCCAUCACUUCCUGUCAGACCGACCAAUCAACACACGCAUUCCCACGUACCUCACUAUGCCAAUCAGAGAUUCAGUUAAAAAAACGAGUGAUAAAUCCAGGCGAACACACUUCUUCCCCGUGCGUGAUCUUUGAUCACAAGAUCCUAAAAGUGUUUUGAAUUUUUUUUUGGAGGAUUCUACUACCCCCGCGUCUGACAAAGCUAAACAAAGAUACAAAUAGAAGUCUGCCCCUAGAAUGUGUCAUUCAUUUAAGACAUCUGUGAUGUUUCGUGUACUAAACAGCUCUUUAAUGUUCCAGUCUUCUAACCGUUGCCCGAGAGAAUAAACGCCAUAUAAAAGUUCAAUUUGCCACAUUAUAUAUAGUGUGUGGAAUCAUAAUGUGAAUUUUUCGAUGUUGUGAGUGUUGCCCGUCAAAAGGCAGACGUUUGAGACUGCUGAGAUUGUGUUAGAUGCAUGGACAUUUAGUGUUUUUGCACCAGUUCCUUGAAAAGCAUGAAUUUUAAAGUGCCUCCUCGCACUUUGUGUAUAUAUUGAAGGCAGGGGCGUCGCUAGUGGGGGAAGAGCGGGGCUUCUGCGGGGCCCCUCAGGUCCCUCACCCCCUCCCCCCAAUCCACCCCCACCCCCACUGAGGGGACCACAGUCCACGAGUCCCCGGCGAGGGAUAUUUUGACCCAAUGAAACGUGCUGGAAACCUAGCGAAGCCACUGAUCGUAGGUUAGUUGAGAUAGUGUUUAACUGAUGUGACAGUUUUAAUGAAGUGUUUUUGUAAUCCUAUAGAAAAUAUACCCUCUCUGCGCUGCAUAAGAUAAGAUUCUAUAGUGAAAUAGAAAGGUAGUACUUUGCUGAGAGAGCUAGUCUGAAUUAAACUCGAGCAAUUUCAUAUCAAUUAUUCUAUCUGAUCUAUGUUUGGAAUGUUUUUUUUCCCUGCAUAAAAUUUAUCUGUCCCUACAUUUCUACGUAAUCUAACAUCAGACUCAAAAAAGAAGAAGAAGAUAUUUGUAUAUUAUACAUGGCAUCUCAAAAUAUCGAAGUUAUAUUUUUGAAGAUGUUAUACAAUAAACAUGUUGUCUUAAUGUGAUAGUCUUAUAUAUGCUUGUGUUAUAUGUACAUCGAAAAUAUGUAACAUCUUAAAGUUGUGAUGAGAUAUGCUGAAUUUGAAUAUACUUGAUGAUAUAAAGCACACUUUAUUAAGUCUGUGUGUGUUGAGCCACAUCCACAGUAUCUGCAGUUUCAUGCUGUCUGUCUUGCACUUGACUUUACAAUGUUUCUUUUCAGUGUUUCUGAUGUAUUUUAUACAUGCACACAGACGAACGCAAAAAUUUACAGGCAAUUGUGAUUUUUUUUUUUUUUUUUUUCUAGAAUAACCCAGGUUUAUUAUUCUGACAUAACUGAGUGCAUCUGAAACCAUCAUUAGUAGAUGGUUUGCAUUUCUUACAAUGGUUAUAUGUAAACCCAUCUGUUCUAUUCUCUCACCCUUUUUGUGAUGUGAUUUUUUUAUGUAAAGGGAGAGGAAACUCUAGUCAAAAGGAAAGUGGUAAAAUAAAUGAUUCCUGUGUCAUAGCUGUGAAAUAAAAGUGAAUUCAUGCAUAUCGAUAUGUGUUGUACCAUUGGUGUACAUACAGUUAUUAUAACUAAUAAAUGUUGAUUCAUAACUAA